AUGGCGGCUCCACCCUCGUCGAUAACAAUGAAGAAGCCGGAAGACAAUCUCCGGUACAGGAGGAAGAUGUUCUCCGACCGGCAGCAGCAGUACCCAUCUUUCUCGUCUUCCGUCCUCGAGAGGAUCUUCAAUUCAAUCGACGAAGGAUGUGAUCGGACUACGGAGCCUGAAGCGUCCACAUUUUACAGAGAUACGGCGGAGGCUAGCAGGAAGAAGACCCUUCAAGAAGCCCUUCAUCUUGAAAGGAACUCGAUGGAGAAGACGGCCUCUAAUCUGCAAAGGACUCAGAUUUACGAAGAUCACCAUCACGAUUUCGACCAUGACGCGCCGUGUUUCAGUACGAGUUCCUGCUCGUCGGAGUCGAGCUCGGGGCAGUUUUCUUCAUCGGAGAGCGAGUCUGUUAUCGGAGACAAGACGAGGGCCUCCUGUUUCGUACCACUGAGGCUUAAGCCGGUGAGGACUAAAGCGCCAGAGCAAUCGAAGAAAACAGAGAGGGCUCUGUUUCAGGAAAAGAGCAGUCCGAAGCUAAGCAACGAAAGCGGCGGGAAUGGCGUUCUGAGGUCCAAGGUGCUGAACUUGUUUGACCAGUUGAGGAAGUCGAAGCAGCCGAUCUCCCCGGGCGGCAGGCUCAUAAAUUUCAUCAAUUCACUCUUUUCAUCUUCCGCGAGCACUACUAAAAGUGACAGGACCAUAAGAAAGAAGACCGGUGAUAUUCGUUCUCACGAUGGCGAGGUGAAUCGGGAGAGGGAGAUGCAUUCGUCUCAGUCAUCGACAUGCUCCUCCGCUUCCUCGACGUUCUCGCGGUCCUGUCUCAGCAGGCACUCUCCCCAAAAGAGGGAACAGAUCGGAAAUGGGGCUCAGAGGAGUGUCCGGUUUCAUCCAGUCAGUGUGAUCAUCGAUGGAGAUUGCAGACCCUGCGAGCACAAAUGCCUGUAUCCAGAAGGAGGAGGCAGAGGAGGAGGAGGAGGAGGAGGAGACAGUUCGGGACUACUGCCGGUUUUGGUUCCGAAGGCAUGGAUGAUCAGGAGGACGCAGUCAAGAAGAGCUGAUCAAGACCACCCCACAAGCUGGCCCCUAAGGGAGAGUAACUGUCGUGGCCAUCGGGUUGAAGAACCCGAGAAGGGGCUUUUGAGGUUACAACCUCAGCCAACCGGCCUUGAGACAAAAUUACAUCGAGGCAGUACCCGUCUAAGCAAACAUGAAGAGUACUGCGACGACAACGAUGACGAUGUGUUCAGUUGUUCGAGUUUGGAUCUUUUUGAGCUCCCCGUGUAUGAAACCACCAGGAUCGAUUCGAAUCGCACCAUCCGUUGA